UCCCUACCAAGUAUGAGUUUGAACGGGAAUUUUCAUGAAAAGCCACUCUCACCGUUUGACUAGAGCUUAAUUUAUCAGACGAGACGGAACUAAGCUACUGAUAUUGUCUGAUUGAUCAAUAGCGACAUACAGCAUUUCAUCCAGGCUAAGGACAUUCAAGACGAAACUCAUUUUCACUCAUUCAAGCAGUUGAAGUUGUUGGAUCAUGAUUUGGACAUCACUGGCGCUGUUGUUUCUCGCUAGUUCUGGAGAUGCGUGGAGGUCGGACUAUAUUCGGUCCAUUCAUCCACGCUCAAAAACCCAUUGGGGCUCGUGGGGAACCAUUGAUUGGUGUCCAUUCGGGUAUUAUGCCUACGGAUUCAGAUUAAAAGUAGAAUCGUUCCAGGGCGGCUAUAAAGAUGACACUGCCCUCAAUGGAAUUAUUUUGCACUAAAAGGUCGUGGAGAUACAGGACAUCAAACCCACAUCCAUUCCUCUGUUGAGCGUUGGGGAAGCUGGGGACAUUCGAAAUUCUGCCCUAGAAGAUUAUUUCUAACGGGAGUAGAGAUUAAAUCCGAGUCUCAUCAGGGUUCCGGCGAUGACACAGCUGCAAACAAUUUCAAAUUUACAUGUAACCAUCGAUACUGGAGACCACUGAUUGGUGACGGUUCACGUUGGGGUUCAUGGAAUAAACACCCUGUAGCCUGUCCACCUAAGUCCGCGAUUUGUGGAAUAAGGACCAGAGUUGAAAGUUGGCAAGGGACUAAGGUCGACGACACCGCCCUUAACGAAGCCAUCUUCUACUGCUGCCGUAAGUAAGGAUUCUGGUUAGCUUACCACAACAAGACUGCUUCGCUUAACGGGAGUAAAUCGAUAUAAUUAAUGUAAUGAUGGGUAAAAUAAUGGGCAAAAUAAAUCGACGUUAAUAAAUGAUGAAGCAGAAUAAAGAUAAUAUACUCAUUGAAAAUCAAAACCAGAA